UUUCUUGCUUCGUGGGUGUGGCCCACAGGAACAUAGAAUAUUUAGAAUGACGUUGCAACAUUAGUGUUCUUUGCUCUUACGCCAAGACAGUUACCAGUAUCUGAAUAAGAUGCAUCAACAUUUCAACAAUUUCAGAGGGUCUUUCAGCAUUAGAAGUUUAAAACUGUUUAGAGUAUUGUUUCUGUCUUUAGUGGCGCUGAUUGUUUUCACAUGUUUUGCUGUUUAUCAAAAUGAAAGAAACACAGUCUCAGGUCUUGGAUUUUGGGAGAGCCCCCGAAACAUCCCAUCUUCAAAGUUUCAGACGAAACAAGCACAAGAUAAACAGCCAUUAUGGAAACCGGAGUUUCUAGGUGAAGUGAACAUGCAUGUUUUUGAAGACUGGUGUGGAGGUUCUGUGCAUCAGCUAAGGACUAACAUGCUGUACCCUCUUUUUCCCCAUACUCGCACCACAAUCAACAGGCUGGCUGUUUAUGCUGGAUGGAAAAACUAUGGUCUGAGAAUCUUUGGAUACCUUCAUCCUGCAUUAAGUGGUGAAUAUAUUUUUGCUAUUGCUUCUGAUAACAAUGCAGAAUUCUGGCUGAGUUCAGAUGACAGCACUAAAAGAAUCAAACUUAUGGCCUACCUUGGCAAGACAGGAAAGGAAUGGGCAGCCCCUGGAGAGUAUGGGAAAUUUUCAUCUCAAAUAUCUCAGCCUAUAUUACUAUCAAAAAACAUGCAGUAUUUUUUUGAGGUACUCUACAAACAGAGUGAAGGAAUUGAUCACCUGGAGGUUGCAUGGCGUCUCAAUAAUGAAGACAGUAGUUUUGAGGUCAUUACUGCAGAGUAUUUGUCCCUCUAUGUUGAUGAGUCUUCUCUACUGCUGGUGGAAAAUGAUCACAUCCCUCAAACAAAAGCCAGUCAUAGGAUGUCCCCUGAUCCCAUUUCCAAGCCAGCCAAGCCUGAAGUGGACAUGGUGAAAGCGGACCCACGCGACUUUAUUUACAGGAUACCACUGCUGUACGAGUCCUACUUGGAAAACGUUUUUCCCGAAUGUGAUUACUAUCCAAUUCAUAUAUAUGACAACUCGACUAUUGAGAGAUAUGAUGGUAUAAAUUAUGUUCACUACUCCUCAGUGUAUCCCAAUGACCACACAAGACUAGCUCAUGAAGGGACUGAUGCACAGAAAUGCUUUUACCAAAAGGAUGAAACAUAUGAUAAAGGAGGUGGGUUUGGCCCAUAUCUGAAAAUUGAAAACACAGCAGAAAAAGAAGAAACAGAAAACCAGAACCUAAACAACCCAAAAUGGAAACAGGUCUUCAGUGUAAAUGCUUUGGAUUUCCAUUCAAAGCAAAGUGAUUUUGUUAUUCACACCUGCAACAGAGCUGGAAAUAUUAUAAUGGUCAAAAAAGAAGUCAUGCCUGUAGUUGAAGCCUUCAUGAGUCAACUACACACAACAAAGAUCAAGAGUGAUCUGGUCAUAAAGAGGGUGCUAAAUGUGGAGAAGAAGACAGAUGAUACUAAGGGCAGUCGAUACCUGCUGGAGCUGGAGCUGGAGGACACAAAGGGGAAGAACAUUCUGCUCUCUAAAUACUUUUACGCUACAAAGGACAAAAACAAAAGGAAGAAUCCAGAACUACCUACCCUCUGCAGCCCAAAAGGUUUCUCCUGGAACCCAGAAGCAACAGUCCAUGUUAUUCUAGCAGUGAAAAACCAAGGGAGAUGGGUCAUGCAUUUUAUAAAGGAAAUGGAGAAAGUGUACAAAGCCACAGGAGACAAAAACUUCAACAUCAUUCUCAUAGACUAUAACAGCACAGAUAUUGAUGUAGAGAUGGAACUGAAAAAUGCUAAUUUACCAAGCUACCAGUUUAAGAGACUGGAUGGACCUUUUGGCAGAUCACCAGGAAUUCAAGCAGGAAUAGAUCUUGUUGAAGAUGAGAACAGUAUUUUGUUCCUGUGUGACCUGCACCUCCACUUUCCUGUGACAAUAAUAGACACUGUACGUAAACACUGUGUGCGAGGGAAAAUGGUGUUUGCUCCUGUUGUGAUGAGACUGGAAUGUGGUGCCACAGUGCAGGCUCCUGCAGGUUUCUGGGAAACUAUGGGUUAUGGUCUGAUUGGCAUUUAUAAAUCAGACAUGGUUCAAAUUGGAGGUAUGAACAUUAAAGAAUUUACAGACAAGUGGGGAGGAGAGGACUGGGAGUUGCUGGACAGAAUCCUACUGAACAAGCUGGAGGUGGAACGACUGAACCUGAGGAAUUUCUUACACUUCUUCCAUUCAAAGCAAGGCAUGUGGAACACAGAAUGAAGCUUGAACAGCAUGCACAGCAGCAGCUGGAAGGACACACAGCACAUUUUAAAGUGUUUUUAAGUGAUAUAGUUUUUGCUAUUUGCAAAUUGUAGAAUAAUGAUCUAUUAAAUAACAGUUUAAAUAACAUCUAUUAAAUAGCAGACUAUGCAGUCACCAAAAAGUGUUAAAUAAAUUGAACCCGUAAUACAUUUUAAAUAACUUACAUUAACCCAUCAAUAACAACCCAGUGAUUACAGCUUUAAGAUCGUUUUUCAACAAUGUUGAAAAUUUUCCAACAUAUGCUGAGCACUCUUUUUCUGUCUGGUCAUCACAAACCAUUUCUAGUGGAUAGUAGAUUUAAACUAAAUAACCAUGGUGGCUGGGCAUUACUAUUACUAUGUUUAAAAAAAAAAAACAGAACUCUUGACUGGCACUACAUGUGCAUUGCUAUUUGUCCUAUUCAUUCCAUUCUAUUCCUAUCGAAUGUAUGUAUUUAUUUAGGUACAGUAUGUACUAACUGAUGCAUCAUAUGGAUGAUUGCACAUAUGAAGGCUUGUAUAUUUGAGAAUUUUAAAGACUACAGUUAUGUGGUCUAGCUCCAUCAUAGACCUUUAUUAUUUAAAAAAAAUUUUGGAGGUGUGCAGCAUUUGUACUGCACAGGCAUAAAUGUACUACAGUAUAUGACUUGAUAACGUCUGGGUUGCACUAGCUUUUACAUGCAUUUUUAUUUGUGUGUACCUGUAAUUCUUUAUAUUAUUCUUGUUUAUAAGUAUUGUUUUUUUAUCUACUUGAGGAACUAGAAAAACUCAUGAACCUCUUUAAACCUGUGCAGUAUACUUAUUAUGCCUAAGUCAGAAUUACGUUUUCCUCACAGUAAUAACAUGUUUAAUAAUUUAGACUAGGGCAUUAUAUAUAUUAUAUGUAUUAUAGUGUAUUUAUUGACUC